AUGCUUAGGGGUCAAAUCCUGGGAGCUCAGCUCGACGACGACCUUGUUCUCGGCGGGGUGCGACUCGCCCAUGUAUGUGGUGUAGCGGAAGCGGAGAAUGUGAGACUGGGGAGGGAGGGUGAACGGCUUGGCAAGAUCUACCCAGGGAUUAGCGGGGAUGGGGAACAGACUCGGAUGAAGCACUUACGGCUCAGAAAUGGCAUAUCCCAAGCGGCAAUUCUAGCGUAUUCUCUGAUCUCGCGGUGUACCUCGAGUUCCGCAUGGGCCAUCGACGUGAUAUCGUCGUCGUUGAACUCCUCAUCAGCGUCCUCGACUAGGGCGAAUUCAUCGUCUUCCUCGUCACCCCAGAAUCCAACUCGCUUCUCCCGCACAUCGUCAAACCGCAUGGGAUAUUCCUUAUCGAUCUGGUUCACGCUCUUCUCGAGCUCCGCGAACGCGGCCGCUCGCUUCUGCGGGUCAUUGAACUCCUCCACCAUCCGGCGGUUCUCGGCGUCGAAUUGCUCCCGUUCUUCGGGAGCCAGCAUGUCAUACAUUGACCGUUCCUCCUUGGAAAGUAGAUCGGGGGAGUACUCCGCCAUAGAAGGCAGUUCCUCCGGACGGGGUUCUCGGGGAGCAGGCGGCACUGGUGGAUCUUCUGACACGAAACUGGGCGUAGUGGCGGAGAAUGAGCGGUAUGGGAUCGCAAUUGGGCCUCUCCGGGCCAUGGACAAGGCCGACCGGCCCAGGUAUCUUGCUGCUGAGGCCAUUGCGAUGGGGGUGUUGGGCUGGGGUUUGCUUGAACAGGACUCGGCGAUGUUUUUCUGCGGAUUGAAGUUCGCACGGAUGCACUAA